AGGUUAAGAUAAACAGUGCAGUUGAGUUGCAAAAUGGAAAGUGCAAGGAGCAGACAAUGUGAGAUGAAAACUGACCUGAAUUUACUCCUUGAAUGUCUUAAGUAUCAGAUGGACCAGCCUACUUCUCAAAAGGAGGCCUUGGUUACUAUUUAUUCACUUUGCCACCAAAACAGUGACGCAAGUGAUUAUUUUAGAGAAAUAGGUGGGCUGAUGUUUAUAAAUAACCUGGUAAAGUCAAGUGUGCACAGCAUAGUAAAGGAAUCGGCCUUAUUUACACUAGGAGGCUUAGCUGAGAACAAUGUGUUCUGUCAGGAGAUUCUGUGUACUUCUGGAUUAUUUGAAGACCUCUGUAUGUUUCUAACUCAGAAGAAUUCCAGUGUGAAUUUGAAAAGAAUGUCUGUUUAUGUACUAUUAGUACUUGUUUCAAAUAACAAGAGCGGGCAAACAUAUGUGAGAGAAUCUGGUUGCCUUGAUGUUCUGUUACAAUUAUUCAGAACUACACUUUCAGUAGUGUCCGAGGUAAACCUGUCGGAUAAUGCUAUUAACCAGUGCUAUCAACUCUGGUCUUCGGUCUGUAGUGCUCUCUGUGCAUGUGUCAAUAAUCCCCAGAACGAGGACAAUCAGAAAAGCUGCAGUUUGGUUUUUCCAUAUGCAAAAGACUGCCUGCUGCGUUGCACAGAACCAGAGAUAGUUCGCCCAGUUUGUUCAUUCAUUGGACUCACUGUUGCCAAUAAUUCAAGAUUACAGCAGUUUUUUGUUUCAAUUGGUGGACUGACCGUGUUGGAUGAACUUCUUGCCAAACUGAUAUACAAUUCAUCAGAGAAUUCUUCAAGCACAAAACUUGCAGUUGGGGUAACAAAGACCCUGGAUGCCUGUAUUGCUGAUAAUUAUGCAGUUGGAGCUGCUGUGGCAAGAUAUAACAUUGUGCCCAAUCUACUGACUUUGCUUUCUUACAACAUGAUGACUUCAGGAGAAAAAUUCAGUAUUAUACUUACUCUUGGACACUGUACAGAUAGCUGUGAGGAGAAUCAGUAUGUUCUGGUUAAGAACAAUGGACUUCCACUUAUGAUUCAGGCCCUAACUGAAUCACAGGAUGAAGAAUUAAACAAGGCUGCAACCUUUGUGCUUCAAAACUGCAAACAUAUCACUGAGAAAUUGUCAGUGAAACUAAGUGAGGAUUCAUCAAAUACGGAGGCUGUAAGACAUUUAGAGGAAGACCUACAGCACAGAGAGGGGAUUAUUGAAGACUACAGGGCGAAAGCAAAACAAAUUUUAUGUCGCAUUGAACAGCUCGAAAAUGAACAUCAAGAGCAUGAGGAAAAAAAUCAGAAAAGGAAUACAUAUGAAAUGUUCUGUAAUAAGUUCUGUGAGGGACACCAAAAUGAAAACCACAAGCUGCACCAGGACAACAUCAGAAAACAGCUGUACGGUACAGAACAAAGCCACAGUAAUUCUAGGCAUUUAAAUGAAAAAGUGAGAAGACAGAUAUUUACUGAUGGCUGUAACAACAUUUCUCCAGAAGAUGUUAUGCAGACUACAUCAAGACGCCUACAAGUAAAUGCUAGCGACCAAAGCUCUAGUAGAGGCAUGAGAUGUACAAAAUUGAACCAAUCGCUGCUAAAUUUGGUAUCAAAUCAGCUGAUUGCCACUAAAUUUAUAAAUCUGUCAUCCAAGAAUGAUCAGUUAAAGCCAGCCAAUCAGAAUCCAACCAAUGCUUCUUUUGGUCACCAUAAUCUUCUUCACUCAGCUCAUAAAAUGAAAACAGCCAGCACAAAAGAAGUCCACAUUAAAAAUAAAAGCACUGUUUUUCAGUCUGGUAAAUCUGAUGUUCAAUUAAGUGAAUGUUUGUUCAAGCAACCAGGUUUUGUAGGUAAAAGUGUGAGAAAGCAAGUAACAAAUACAGAACCAUUGAAAUUGAGUUCAAGCACAUCAGGUUCAAGGACAAAUCAUAUUCUGACUAUUUCUAUGGAUUCUAAAGUAUCAGAAUUAAGGUGCUCAGGUUGUGUAACAACAGGACGUUUGUUAAACAGCCGCAAUUUUUGCAAGAUUUUGCAGUCUUGUCAAUAUCUGUGUGACCAACACAAAGUUAUUCUACACGCUGAAAUGAAAUAUAAAAGGAAUCUAAAAAGAUCUGUUAUCCCCGGCACGGAUUGUUCUAUGAACUAUAAUGGUAAUUCUGAUAAAAUACAGAAGAAUAAAGGUGAAAUUCAGCCUUCAAAGUCUGAUCUUCAAGCAAAACAUGAUACAUUGGCAGAGGAGCAAACAUGCCUUGAAGAUGAGGGCCUGGGCAAAAACCAUACCUAUUCAUUUGAUGAAGAUGAGAAUAAUGAAAUUCAUUUAGCAGAUGUACCCAUAACAGCUUUCAAAAGAAGCAAACGAAGAACCAGGAAAGAUUUUACAUCAGAAGAAAUAAACUAUCUUUUGGAGGGUGUCCAAAAAAAGGGGCAUCACUGGAAUUCAAUUUUAUGGGGCUACCCAUUUCAGAAAGGACGGACAAAUGUUGAUCUUGCAAAGAAAUACUGCAAGUUACAGGUACUACUACUACAGAUUUACUUUCUACUAGUCAUCUAUGUAAUAGUCCAUGUUCUUCAUGUGAUGGGAAUAGAAAAAUUUAAUAUUGUACAACUAUACUGGAAUUUUAAGAACAAUCUCUUUAUCUUAAAAGCAUUUAUACCAUUUCUAAAAUAAAGAAUUCACAAAGUA